AGGCAUUACUGUUUUUGUCAACGGGAAAACCAAAUGGAUUUCAGUGAACCUGAAGUAAUUUCCUGUGCGAUGAAAGGUGAUCUGGAUCUUGUAGUGCUGCAUCAGAACCUGUCGUUGCCAGCAACAGGCCAAUCGUUUUCGCUUAGAUCGUCCGUGGAACAGCUGAAUUUCAAAGAUGACUGUCGAAUGCAAGACGACUCUCUCCUGGGAUGUUCCCUUUCAUCCAUCGAGGUCAGUCAGGAAAGCAUAAGUGAUCGGCAAACUUGUUGGUGCCGGCAGAAAUUCACCGACACGAAAAGGAUUCAGCAGCUGGAGCAUGAGAAUACCAAACUGCGAUCGCUACUGGAGCAACUGCUGACGGAAUCGAAACACCAAAUGGAAGAGAUGAAUCGGCACCAGAUAGAAAUCGAAUGCCUUCGAGAACAGCGAGCGAUGUUGUUGGAAGGACCGCUGCACAAAUUUCCCAACGGCCAUAGACUCAAAGACUGUUUCGGCGAGGAGUUGGAAACGAUUGGGUUAGAGUCGGGAACAUGAACCGCUGCGAAUGUUUAUAGUGAACGGGAAAUUCAGGUUCGAAGAAAUGCGAAAGUGGAAGCGGUAUGGCGAAAAGGAUCGGAAAUCGUCCGUCCGAAGGUAUCAUAUGUGAUGUUUUCGAAUUGGUAUGGAAAUUUCGUAAGUAAUAAAAAUUAACAAUGCAUCAAACCUUCUUUUAUGAAG